AUGUCGAAGCCAUUCAACCCCGAGGAGGCGGAGAAUCUGGAGGAUAUGGAGAAGCAGUUUGCCGUCAAAGCGGUUGAACACCUCAUGACAUACUGGGCUAUUUUGGAGAAGGUCAAGGGCUCGCAGCUUCGCUUGACCAAGCAGGACAAUGAGAUCUACGAGUCAUUCAUGGAGGCAUUCCCCGAUUUCGAUCCCGCCGGAACCCUCAUCGAGGACGAGAUGAAGAGCAAGGCUGGCAAGGAGAAGUGGCGCACCUGGAUGAUGAAGUGGAACAAGAUCGAGGACUUCAACUUUGGCACCAUGAUCCGUACCCGUGCGGAUGCCGAGUAUGACCAGGAUACCACCAUUUUCGGUGUGCGCAUGCAGUUCUACGCUGUUGAGAUCGCUAGAAAUCGCGCCGGUCUGAACGAUUGGAUUUACGAGAAGGCCCAGAAGGCCAGCUCUUGA